GCUUCCGCCACCGGAGAUCGUCCGCAGCUCUCGCAGUUCGCCGCCACGAUCGUACCGCCGCUGAUAACUUGUUGAAGAGGUGCAAGAGGUGCAGUUCACUCACAUACCCACAACCGCAGUGCACGGUGCGUUAGGUGUUUUCGUGAUCGGCAGGGUAAACACCUCCGCCGCCAACGACCGCCGAAGUCACAUUCGCCGCUCGGCAUGGGAAUAUUGAAAAUCAGCGUCGUGGUAUUGGCAUUGUGCUGUGGCAUUGCGCAAACAUAUGCACAAUCGGAUGAGGAGAUCAGCAACGUCCUGGAGAAAAUCUUUUCGCCCGAGAGUGAGUCGUCGAUCCAUGCGCGGGUCCUCCGCCGAGACAUUGUGCGUCGCCUGUACGAUGCGCUACAGCGCGAGGAUCUAGAGGACGAUCUGCUCGGGUAUAAGCGCUCUAUCGGGUCACUCGCACGAUGGGACAACAUGCCUACUAAACGGAAUCUUGCAGCUCUGGCAAAGGGCGGGUAUAUCCGCACCCUGCCCGAUAGUCAGGAGCAAGAGCAGGAGGAAGAACAAGAUAAACGCAGUCUGGCGAGUCUAGCACGUAGUGGACAAUUACCAAACUUCCAGCAUGAAGAUAAACGUGGUAUAGCUUCAUUGGCGCGUAAUGGUGAGCUGCACAGUAAGCGUGACUUGCAAGAACUCAUUGAUGAUCUGUACGAGAAGCGUAACUUGGGUAGUCUAGCAAGGUCUUACAGUCUGCCGGCGUAUGGGAAGCGCUACUUAGGAGCUGUCAUGAAAAACUCUCGUCUAAUAGAAGGUAAACGAAAUCUGGCAGCAUUGGCGCGUGAUGGGUACAUGCAUGGCAAGCGCAAUGUUGCUGCAUUGCUGCGGCAAGAUAAGAUCCAUGGACCUAACGAUCGUUCGUACGACAUGGAUGACCCAAUGCCACUGGGUAAACAAGACGACCGCAUAAACACCAUGGAGAAGCGUAAUGUGGGAUCGGCAAAGGCGAACGGCUAUAAGCCGCCCUUCAAGCGAUCUGUUGGAGCUGCGGAGGGUGCGAGAGCAAAGCGCGACAUCGACUACUACAGCGAUGAGUACGCCGUGCCCGUCUAUCAAAACCAGAACGUCAGGGAUUACGAGGAGCUGAUGAAAGCGCUCACAGGCGAAUAUCCUCCGGAUAAGCGCUUCCUCGGCUCAGUGGCGAAGAGCGGUUGGUUCAGGCCGCAGUCUUCGGCGCGCUCGUACUCGUAUGUGUCGAGGAUUGACAAACGGCACAUAGGUUCGCUGGCCCGCCUGGGGUGGCUGCCGGCGUUCCGCCAAAUCCGUCGAUUCAGUCGGUCCGGGCGUUCGGUGAAUGAUGCCGAUUGCGAUUGCAGGUCGCCUGCCGCAGAUGGGCAAGUCGAAGACUACGCCCUCGCCGAAGAUCAACUACGAGUAAUCCCCAAACGGCAUCGGGCGGGGCGCGUCGACGACGAGGACGGCUACCUCGCCGAGAACGAGAAGCGCUUCUUCGUCCAGCCGCUUGUCGACAAGGCGCUGCUCGUGGAUAAGCUCCUGCAACAGCAGCGGCAACACUAAACUUAAAAUCAAAACAACCUAACUAACAUCAAUGAUAUCUUUUUGAUUUCUACCAGUAUCCGGUUGAUGAUUUCAUUGAUUACUUAAAUCAUUCUUCUGCACUACAUAUCGGUUUAAACAAUAUCACACCUGCAAAAAUAUCAAACAGUUGCGAUGUGGACAUAUCUACACCUGGAUUUUGUUAUGGGAGCAUAUCAGAAGCAAAUAUCAAGAUAGACCUGGCAUGUUGUUAUCGAAAAUCAAUCAAGAAUAUCACAUCAAAGACAUAAUCGUAAUGCGUAAGGUACUUAACUAAAUAACUACUUGCGAGUAAUUUGGGGUUUGACUUUAAAUCACUUUAAAUCGGAACGAGUGUCAGUACAUUACAUAUAAUCGAGGCCAAUUGGUAUAUUUUUGCGUGUUUUAUUUUAUAAUCGCUUUCGUUGGAUAUCGCCGCAUUGUUCGUACUUGGCAUUACAAUUCUGUGAUUUGAUUUGAUCGGUAUCCUUUAUUUAAAAAGAAAAAACGUCGGCGUACGUUAUUUGAUUGCUCAUUUAAAGGCUGGAACUAUAUACUAUUUUGAUGACAAUAAGAAGCAUCUACAUUUUAAUGCUGUAUAAGACAAUACAAAAAAAUACUUCAAAAAGGUAAAUCUGCGGACAAUAAUAUAAAUGUACUACGUUCGAAACUCGUGACAAUAAAGAAAAUAUUUAUUCAUAUUUAUUUAUACAUAUAUUUGAAGAAAAAGAAAUCUAUAUCAUAAUAUAUACACUUAAAUAUAGUUAUAUCUAAUUAAUACUAUGCUAUAGUAUUACCUAUGUAGUUGUAAUAAUUAGUGUCAAACCAAACUAUAUCGAUAUGUCAAAUCAAGUGUGAAAAUAAAUCGAGUAAACUGCAAGAAAUAUAGAAAAGUGUAAGAACA